AUGGUGACGCAUCUUCUCUCCCAGAAAGAGACGAAAUCGGACGGUGUGUUCGUAUCGCUCUCAAGCUACCAUGGAACCAGCUCUCUCUAUCACUCUGAUCUACUGUUAAAAAUCGAAACUUUCUCACAUUCCGGCGGAGAAUCAAACGAUUCCGGUGAAAGAAGAGUGAAGAGUCAAAAGAGAAGAAUCAAAAAAAUGGAGAAACAACAAGGGAGAGAAGAAAGCAGCAACCUUGGACCUCCAUUAUUGAUUCCUCAGACACCUGUGAAGCCAAUUUCUCCGAUCUGUCCAUAUACACCGGAAGAACAAUCUUAUUGGAAUCAGGCUGAUGAUUGGAGUUUCGUUGACAUGAACGGUCUUGACCACUUGUCUUUUGGUGAUUUACUGGCUCUAGCCAACACUGCUUCUUCAUAUUUGGUCUCACCUCAGACUACUUUGCCUGAUAAUGCAUCCUCAGCUGCAACCGAAACGAUUGUAGGGAAAGUGGUUUGUGGAGAGAAAGGUGAUGAAGCAGUAGUGGAGAGUCUGAGCUCAGUGAGUAACAACAAUGUUGCUGAACAUAUCAAGACUCCGGAGAAGCCAAAGAGGAAGAAGCAUAGGCCUAAAGUUGUUAGAGAAGCUAAACCGAAGACGGAAACCAAACCGAAAACUCCUAGGAAGCCUGUGGUUAAAGAUCAAGAAAGCAAAACGCCUAGAAGGAAAUAUGUGCGGAAGAAGCAAGAAGUUAACAAGGAUCAAGAACCAGCAGCUGUAGAAGCUCCGACUCGUGCCAAGAAGCUUUGCAGACGAGCCUUGGAUUUCGAAGAUGAGAGUUCCAAACCAGAAAACAAGUCGAGUCUCAGCGGUACUAAGCACGCAGAUGAGAAGGAAUCAGCUUGCGUAGAAAAGCUGUCGGAUUCUGGAGAUCAAGAAUCUGAUGAUUGCUUUAUUAUUCCAGCGCCUAGCACGCGGCUCAGCCAACGUAAAAGAAAAGAGAAUGGCGGUGGAGUUGGUAGUUUCAUGGCACAAGCUGCAAAGAGAAGACAAGCUCCAAAGGAACCAACUCACUACGAGCAUUGUGACAACCAGAACCCGCAUUGGUUGGAUUUCACAAAACUGAUGAGAUCUGACACCUUUUGUAGCACAGAGGAGACUUCUGCCUUUGACUCAAGUUGCUACAGUUUCACAUCUCAGUCCAAAGCUAAUAGAGUUUUGACCUUUGAAGAAACCAAGCUUCUCUCCGAUAAGAGAGACUUGCCAACAAAGAAGAAAACCAGGAAUCUGUCAGCUAUAGAUAAAGAAAUGGAAGUCACUGAGAAGUUACAAGGAGGACGUUGUAGCAGACCGCAGAACAACAGUAACGCUCUUGUUGAGACGAGGGUGACAUCGACAUCAAGCAAGAAGAAGCGAGCCAUUAAGCAAAAUACUGUUCUCCUGAAUCUUUCUCAGCAUCCACCUUCGUUUGCUGGUCUUACUCCGGAUGAGCUUUGGAGUCAAGUUUACUCGGUUGAAGCAAUCAGUCAGCAGUUGCGUUCAUUAGACAUCAACAGGGAGAAUUCAGGGAAUGCUCUUGUUCCUUAUUGCCCAGGAAACCAAAUUACACUCUUCAACAGUGGCGCUGGAGCAAUUGUGCCUGCAACUCCUGUUAAAAAACGACGUCCACGAGCAAAGGUUGACCUUGACGAUGAGACCGACAGAGUUUGGAAGCUUCUGAUGGAUAAUAUUGACAGUCAGGGAGUUGAUGGGACGGAUGAUCAGAAAGCGAAGUUUUGGGAACAGGAACGCGAUGUCUUCCGAGGAAGAGCAAACACUUUCAUUUCAAGAAUGCAUCUGGUUCAAGGCGAUAGACGAUUUACACCUUGGAAAGGGUCAGUUGUCGAUUCUGUCGUUGGUGUCUUCCUGACGCAGAACGUGUCUGACCACUUGUCCAGUUCUGCCUUCAUGUCAAUUGUGGCAAAGUAUCCUGCUCAAUCAGUACCGACCAGAAACCCUGACGUAGGAACAAGCUCGUUCCAAAUAACCUUCUUGGACUCAGAGGAACCGAUGUCAAAUCCCCCUGUUACUUUAAACAACAUACCGCCUGAUGAGGAGAAGGAUUAUCUAGACAGUGAUGAAUCCUCUAGAGGCAGUAGUGAGAUAAGCGUUGAAGAUUCUGCACUUACAUGUCUGGAUUCGUUGGUUUUUGAUGAUCCUCAAAAUACAGAGAGAGCAGGAUCGAGCUCAGAGAUCAGCUCAAAAGGAGAGCAUUAUGGGUCUUUUGUGAAGCUCCUACAGGGUUUAGGGUCUGCUCAGCUGAAAGGCAAAGGAAGAGACGUUGUGAAAGAGUCUAAUCUGAAGAAUCAGUAUCAAGAAGUUUGGGUUUCAAGCAAUCCCGGAAGCUUACAAAUAUCACCAAAGGCGUCUCCUGGGGAUUGUAGCUCAGAAGUUCAAGAUUUCAUACAUCUGAAAAGGCAGACAAGGUCUUGUGAUGACAGUAAUGGGCCAUGCUGUUGCUUUGGGGAUGUUUUGAGUUGUCAGAAACCUGAAUGCUCUAGCAGCGUUCCUUCCACAAAACGCAAAGAAGUGACUUUGAUUCCUGAUCUUAAUGAAAUCUUUCUUGAUGUCCAAGAAGGCGCAGAGAAACCACCAGGUCCUGACUCAAGGCAGCAUCGAGGCUCGUUGGGCAAAGAGCAAGAUCCUAAGGACGAUUCUACCUCAAAAGCAAAAGCCAAAGGGAAAAAUGUUAAGGAAGAAACAGAGGGGUUUGAUUGGGAUAGUCUGAGAAGAGAAGCACAAGCUACCAAAGGCAAAAGAGAGAAAACAGAAAGGACAAUGGACUCGGUGGAUUGGGAGUCAAUAAGAAGAGCACAUGUUAGUGAAGUUGCUGAGACAAUCAAGAGUCGAGGGAUGAAUCACAUGCUUGCAGAACGUAUACAGGCCUUUCUUAACCGACUGGUCACAGACCACGGUAGUAUGGACCUAGAAUGGUUGAGAGAUGUCCCACCAGACAAGGCAAAAGAAUACCUUAUGAGCUUUAGAGGAUUAGGCCUUAAAAGUGUGGAGUGUGUGCGGCUUCUAACGCUGCAUCAUCUUGCCUUUCCGGUUGAUACUAACGUGGGGAGAAUUGCCGUUAGACUAGGAUGGGUACCGCUCCAGCCGCUCCCGGAGUCACUUCAGUUGCAUCUUUUGGAAAUGUAUCCUGUUCUUGAGUCCAUACAAAAGUACUUGUGGCCGCGUCUCUGUAAGCUCGACCAAAAGACACUGUACGAACUGCAUUACCAAUUGAUAACCUUCGGAAAGGUGUUUUGUACAAAGAGCAAACCUAACUGCAAUGCAUGCCCAAUGAGAGCAGAAUGCAGACACUUUGCCAGUGCAUUUGCAAGUGCAAGGCUUUCUUUACCCGGUACAGAGAAAGGUAGUGGGACACCUGAAAAAUAUCCUUUGCCUCUGCACCUGCCAGAGCCAUUGCAGAGAGAGGAAGGGUCAGAAGUAGUGAGACACUCGGAAUCAGCAAACAGGGCAACAUGUUAUGAACCCAUAGUCGAAGAGCCGGCAUCACCGGAGCUAGAAUGCGCACAAGUAUCAAUGGCUGACAUAGAAGAUGCAUUCUAUGAAGAUCCUGAAGAAAUCCCAACUAUUCAGCUAAACAUGGAUGACUUCACUAGCAACUUGAAGAAGAUAAUGGAGCACAACAAGGAGCUACAAGAUGGAAAUGUGUCCAACGCCCUAGUUGCACUUACCGCGGAAGCUGCUUCCAUCCCAAUGCCUAAGCUGAAGAAUAUCAGCCAGCUUAGGACAGAACACCGAGUCUACGAACUUCCAGAUUCACAUCCUCUUCUAGCUGGGAUGGAGAGGAGAGAACAUGACGAUCCAUGUUCUUAUCUGCUUGCAAUUUGGACACCAGGUGAGACGGUUGAUUCAAUUCAACCAGCUGUCAGCAAAUGCCUUUCCCAAGGGAAUGGUAAGCUGUGUGAUGAGGAGACUUGCUUCUCCUGCAACAGCAUUAAAGAAUCAAGAUCACAGACUGUGAGAGGAACAAUCUUGAUACCGUGUAGAACCGCACUGAGAGGUAGCUUCCCACUCAAUGGGACGUAUUUCCAAGUGAAUGAGGUGUUUGCGGAUCAUGCUUCUAGCUUGACCCCAAUUGAUGUUCCAAGGCAAUGGGUGUGGGACCUACAUAGAAGAACAGUCUACUUUGGUACAUCCAUACCAACCAUAUUCAAAGGUUUACCAACAGAGACUAUCCAACAAUGCUUCUGGAGAGGGUAUGUCUGCGUACGAGGUUUUGACAGGAAGACGAGAGGACCGAAGCCACUGAUCGCCAGACUCCACUUCCCUGCAAGCAGAUUGAAGUCACAAGUUAACAGUAGCUGA